CAAUUACACAUUUUAGGUUCCAUUCGGUUUUCAGUCCGGUUCGUAUAGUUUUUAGACCAAACCAAAGUACCAACGAAUUUUCGUUUAAGAACCCUUAACCGAAACCUAAUCAUAACCAAAACCGGUAAACCGGAACCUAAUCCGAAGUGUCCAAUAUGGGUUAAAUCAGUGUAAAUAUACAAAAAAGCAGUAACCAGAAAGUUCAAGGCAAUGAAUAUAAUAGUCCAUCAAGGUCGGAGCCAUCAAGACAGGUGCUGAUGCUGCUGUUUGACGUUGUCCUUGUGUAUCCACAAACCUUAUAAAUAGGAACUUAUACCCACCAAUUCCUCCAGAGUCAGCACAUAAAGAGUGUGUCCAGACCAAAAAAAAAAAAUGCAGAGCCGACGAGCCGUAUGGCUCAAGCGUCUCGAACUGGCCCUUAGAACCGCCUUGUCUUGUCUUCUCGUGAGCUUGACCACCUUGUACGGUCCUGAACCACUCAAACACUUCACAAAGUUCCCAGCUUUUUCUUACCUGACCACAAUCAUAAUCUUGUCAUCUAACCACGACUCUUCACUCGGUGAUGUGUUGAGGGGCUGUGUUCACGCCUCAUACGCCACUUUCCAGAUGAUGGGUCUCGCCCUGGUGAGUCUCAGGAUGGUUCCACCAGCUUGGCUUAGCAGUAGCCCAGUGGCUGCAGCCGCUGUUGCUCUGGCUGUGUUCAUUGUGGCUUUGCCUGAGUCCACGAGUCUACUUGCGAAAAGGGUAGCUUUCGGGCAGAUUGUGAUUCUCUAUGUGUCACUUGUGAUAUUUGAAGGAGAGCCGGUUCAUCCGGUCAUGCACCCGGUUCAAGUGGCGGCUAGUACAGCCCUUGGAGCCAUUGCCUCUCUUCUGGCCAUGCUGGUCCCUUUUCCACGUUUGGCUCAUAGUCAGAUGAAAAGUGCUUGCAGAUCAUAUGGUGAGAAUGCUUCAGAGAGGAUGAACUUGUUUGUGAAAGCCGUGAUAGCCCGAGACAACACGGAAGCUCAACCAUUGAUUGCACAAGCCGGGUCGUUUUCUGCAACAGCAAGAUCUAUCCUUCAGACAAUCAAACUGCAUAAUGAAGGUAUGACAUGGGAGCGACCAGAAACUAGAUUCUUCGGGCAGAAACAGAAGCAGACAGAUCUCGGACAGAAACUACAAGGAAUGGAAAUUCCAUUGAGGGGAAUGGAACUGGCCUUGGGAUCGUGCAGAUCCUUUCCUAUAUAUCUGAGACACGAGGAACUGAGACAUUCUCUGGAAAGUUCCAGAGAACAGAUUGCUCUCGGGAGUUCCAUUCUUCCAGGAUCAGUCUCAGCUCUCAAAACCAAGGAUGAAAGCAAGCCGCGGUGGCAUCUCGAGGUUGGUUCUCUGUCUCCUCCGGAUUUACCGGUUUGCUUCUUCUGGUGCUGCGUGGAACUCUUAAGAGGUGAUCUCUUACCUUGCACUCAAAAUAAUCAAUGCAUAAAUAAGGCUAAUACCAAGGAAGUAACUGGCUCUGAAAAUGAAGGAUCAUUCAAGGCCAAAAGGAUUUGGGAUAAUCUUUUUGCCUGGAUGGUCAGAGAGAGGCUGGUUUUUGCACUCAAGUGCUCGGUUUCCCUAGGCCUUGCUGUAUUGUUUGGUCUAAUGUAUAAUAGAGAACAUGCGUAUUGGUCGGGUCUGACCAUAGCCAUCAGCCUUGUGACCGGAAGACAGGCAACUUUUGCAUUAGCGAAUGCUCGGUUACAAGGGACAGCAAUGGGAUCGGUCUACAGUCUCUUAUGUUGUUCUGUUUUCCACAGACUAGAAGAGUUCAGGUUCUUACCUCUGCUACCUUGGAUAGUCUUCACCGGCUUCCUAAGGCACAGUAGAAUGUAUGGCCAAGCUGGAGGGAUUUCCGCCGCCAUUGGAGCGGUUCUGAUACUGGGAAGGAGAAACUACAGAUCUCCAACCGAGUUUGCAAUUGCUCGCAUCGUUGAAGUUUCCAUUGGGUUACUCUGUUUUAUCUUCACAGAGCUUCUCUUUAAUCCUGCAAGAGCAGCAACACUAGCAAAAACCGAGCUUUCACAUUGUCUAGAAGCACUCCAAGAUUGCAUCCAGUGCCUGAUUCUUUGCUCUGAGCAAGAGAACGGGCCAGUGUCAGUCCUGAAAGAUUUAAGAAAAAAGCAGGCAAAACUCAAGAAUCAUGUAGAUGCACUAGAAAAUUUCAUAGCAGAAGCCAUGUUAGAGCCUAACUUCUGGUUCCACCCCUUCAACGCCACCUGCUACAAAGAGCUUUUGGGUUCAUUCUCAAACAUAGCGGACCUUUGUCUCUAUAUCAGCGAUGGGCUCACAAACCUGUCCCGGGUUCAACCGAUAUGUGGGUUUGCUUGGGAAGAACUGCAAGACCACAUCACUCAUGAUCUAAAAUCCUUCAAGGAAAAACUCGACUCUUCAGCAAAAUGCUUCGAAGAGAUUAUAUCAGUCAACUCUCUAGCAAGAUUCCAAAAAGAGUUGCAGAAGAGGAAGAUAUGCCAUGACAUUGAAGCAGGAAAACAACACAACAGCCACUCAAGGAUGGGAAGAAUGGGGCCAGACCAAGAGGACGUAGAGAGGUUUUCGGCUUCAUUUUUGCUGUUGCUGAAGGAAGCGGCUGACAAGAUUAGCAGCUGCAAAGCCGAAGAGGUGCUCAAGAGCAGAACAGUUCUCUGUUUGAGCAGUCUCGGCUUCUGCACCAGCAAAUUGAUGCAAGAAACAAUAGCCAUUAAGACAGGAGUAUUCCAAAUUACUUAACUUGGAGACUUCCAAAGAAAAACACAUGUACUUUUGUUGUAAUCAACAGGAUCCUUCAUCCUUUACACUGAACAGUCCAAGAAGAGCAAAUGUACCAUAAAACAUCAUGUAUAGCAACAAACGAAGGCAACCUACUUCAAAACACUAGUUUCUCGUAUUUAUAAACGAGAAAACAUGUAUAUAGCUUCGGCUUAUUUUAAAGACAGUUGCUUUCUCCCUUAA